CAGAUUCUCAAUCUUGAAUCACAAUGCAGAGGAUUUUUCCAGAUGGCAGAGACAGCGGGAAGAGGAGAGUGACGCUCAGGCAUUCAUCAGCCACAUCUCGCAGUGGGAGGGGAGAGGAACUGAAGCCUCGGAGCUCUCCGGUAACAGAGACAGUAGACGGCAUUGACUCACGCAGCACGUUGUUGGACUCUUCCAGACCUGCAGCUGAAAACCCGACGGGAGAACGAGUAUAGGAUAAAGACACAAUAUGAACUUUUAUCCUGUUUUUCUUUCCUUUCGAAGGGGAUAUUAUCUUUAAAAUCCUUUCUGGACACCAUCAUUUUAACUCUGAGCUCUAAACAAACCACCGAGGGGACAAGAGUACAGUCUUCCUGCGGGCGGUCAAAGGAAAUCAAAACAAUCUGCUGAAGGAUGCUACUUCAAUAGACAGUCCGAACAUCCGCUGUCAAUAUGUUCAGACGAGGUUAUGGCGGGGUGGAGUUGCUGCUGGUGCUGUGGGGCCUGGAUCUCUCUAUGCCCUGCCCCCGCCACUGCAUCUGCUACACUUCACCUAGCACCGUUUCCUGUCAGGCUCACAACUUCCAUGAAGUGCCCGAGGGUAUCCCCGCUCAGAGUGAGCGUGUCUUCUUGCAGAACAACAAGAUCCAGCGGCUGCUCCGCGGCCACUUUUCGCCCACCACCACCAUGCUGUGGCUUUACUCAAACAACCUCUCCUACAUACAGCCAUCCACGUUUCACGGCUUUGACCGGCUGGAGGAGCUCGACCUGGGGGAUAACCGGCACCUGAAGGCCGUCGCCUCGGACACCUUUAUGGGUCUGGGUUGGCUACACGCGCUGCAUCUGUACCAUUGUGGCCUCAUCAGUCUGCCUCCAGGGAUCUUUGCUGGUUUACAUAAUCUUCAGUAUCUCUACCUACAGGAUAACCAAUUAGAGUUCUUAGAGGAUGAUUUAUUCAUCGACCUCCUGAACCUAAGUCAUCUCUUCCUGCAUGGGAAUCGGCUUUGGAGUCUUCGCCAGAACACUUUCCGAGGAUUGGGCGUCUUGGACCGGCUCCUUCUGCACCAGAACCGAAUCCAGUGGGUUGAUCGGCAGGCUUUCCAUGACCUUCGGCGUCUCACCAUGCUCUACCUGUUCAAUAACUCCAUCACUGAGCUAUCCGGUGGCACCCUGAUGCAGCUGCCGGCCUUGGAGUACCUGCGUCUAAAUGACAAUCCCUGGGAAUGUGACUGCAAGGCGUUAUCCCUCUGGGACUGGCUGCAAAGGUUUAGGGGCUCCACAUCCACUCUGAUCUGCGUUUCACCGCCGGAGUUGGCAGGAAAGGAUAUGAAGAAGGUGAAGAAGGAAGAGCUACCCAGCUGCUUGUCGAACGAGGGUCACAGAAGAGGUAACUCUGGAGGGGAGAUGGAGCAUGGAGACUCUUUAAACCAUCUAAACCGCCACAGAAUCCAUCACAACCAUCAUCAGCGGCCGUACAUGCCGCAUGGGGACCAGUACAGCUUGCCUUCACCCUCACCCCUGCCGCGUCCACCGAAGGGAAGCCGCAAAAACUGUACCCGCCGGGGCCGCAAGGGAAAAGGGGGGCUCAAUGAGGUACAGGUACUUCAGGAGGGGGAUGAGAAGGACUACUCUCCAGAUGGAGGUAAAUACGAUAUGUCUGCAUCCUCAAGAAGGAGAAACAAGUGCAUCCCCAGAACUUCUGUUGGUCCACCAAGUGGAGUCCAGAGAGCUAAUAACACUGGAUCCCAUGCAGCAGCAUUUAUUCCCUGUUUGUCAUCAGCUCUUUUUCUGUCAAUCUAUUUUGUGAUCCUACGCUGAAACAGAACCCAGACACUUUUGUGCUAAGGAUGCAACCUUAUUAUUAAUUCUCCUAAAAAAAACAUCCUAUCCUGGCUAUUUAAGGAGACAUGUGGACAACCAAGUGUGUUGUUGAUACUGUUUGGGAACAUUGUGAAGUAUUCCUGCGAUAAAAAUGCAGGGAUUCUUAUGUGUCAAAAGAUGGAAGUCAGGGAGCGCAACUCAGCCCACUGUUUUGAUGAUGUCAGCAUAGAAACAACAGGGAAACUUCUGUCUCUUUGGCAUCAGUCACUUCAUCAAAUUUAUGUGCUCAUGAAAACUGUACAGCCUCAUGAAAUAAUGAGCCAAUUAUUCAUUCAAAUUACAGUGAGAGCACACAGUAAGUAUCAAAACAGUUAACCCUCUUGACUCAGUAGUGCUCUCACAGCACACCCUUGAUCUGUCACUCACACUAGGACAAAGACAGUCAUUUAAAGCUGUCUCUUUGCUCACUCAACAGCACCUUACGAUCAAGAAACAAAGUACCGCAGACACUGGUGGCAGGAAAAUGAGUCAUUGUGAAGAGUUUCAACGGUAAUAGCUGUAAUUACUAUCAAUCUGCCAGCAAAUUGGCUCUGCACCCACGUCUCACAGCAGUUUUAAUGCACAUCUGUACACUUUGGCAUCUAAAUAAUACAGCUGAAAUUGUCACACAACAAUAUAACUGUCAGUUCGUCAAUGCAGUCCAGUUGAAAGCUAUCAUUUGUCCUCAACUUUGCAUACCAACCUAAAAGCCAGUCCAAGCCAACUGGUCUCAUUCAGCAUCCUAGAGUGAGUGAAUAUUUCUGAGAAACGGUUGUGUAACUGUGGGUGUAAAGUGGAAAAGGAAAAUAAAUACUCUAAAGCUGUGUGGAUACGACAAAGCUAGAUAAAAAGAGUGCCUAAUGGGAGCCAGUUAUCCUACGAACAACAUCUGGAGGCGAGAGACAAUUUCAUUCACUCUCCGACUUCUCUUGGUUGAGCACCUCUCUGCAGGCUAAGAAAAACCAGGGGAUUUAGUCUCAGUCAUAAAACUUCUGAUUCACUGAAAGUGAUGUGCGCUUCCCUCUGUAAUGCAAUGGAGGUCCGUGUAUCAUUCAAAAGCACCAUUCAGUCCAAACAGUCACAAGAAACAGAUUCUGUGUCAGAGGUUUGAUCAGCCUCUGUUGAGUAAAAAGUAAGGUCAGAGUGUGUGACGAAUGAAUGAGCUUGCGGACUGCUCUUCUCUGAUUUGUCAACAAGGACUUGCUGAUCUUCAAGCCUGUUUGAAGAGUUGGAUUUUAUCGCUGCUAGAUCUGAAGAGAGAAAAUCCCUAUGACAUGUGGAGGCUAUGUGCUCUUCUCCAAGAAUUACCCAUGAAAAAAAGAACAGUGGGAUGCAGCAUACUCUUUGAUAACAGUGCAUUUCAACAGUGGUCUUACCCCAGAAAAUAAAAAAAGACCAACCACCUUCACAGCUCACCGCAAACUUCAAACCCGGGACUCUGAUUUGGUUUUUCUCUAGACAUCCUGUUUUUCUGUGCAGCUCACCUAAUGUCUCCACCACUCAAUUGAAAUGGUGGAAACUGAUAAAACAAAUCAUUUCAUAAUUUUCUACAGCAAAACAAAGCAUUGUUGUCUUUUUUUUUUUUACUAGCUGCUCCUCAUAAGUAGAGAUGCACCAAGAAAUUGACACGUGACAGGAAGUGGACAAUUUUCAGUUUGGAUACCCCCAGUAGGCUACCAGCCAUUUGGAAACUCAUAUUUGAUUAUCACUCUGGUUGCACUCCAAAGAUCACUCAAAAGUUAGCUAUUUUCAGGAUCAAGUUUAAAAAUAAGACAAGAACAAAAAAUAAGAAAAAGCACAAAGAUCGAAGAAGCAACACUUUUUCUUUAAACACGUCUGUAAUUAUUUCUUUUGAAAGAGGGAGAGCUUGAUUUUCAGCUGAUAACAGAAAGUCUGAACAGAGUCCAGAAAAAUUACUUCAUUUCAUCCUUUUGAAUAUUCUACCCUGGUCUGUGAUCUUGGCUGCCUUUUGGAAAUCUCAGUUAAAGGGACAGUUUGGAUUGCUUAAAUUAUCAGUAACAGCUGUCUUUCCAGUUGUAGACAGAUGUCUUAUCACCCAAGGUGAAUAAAUUCGAAAAGUGAGUCAAAUUAACCAUUUGUUGUAACUUAUUUUCUGAAGUUAAAAACAAUUCAAACAAGAAAUGAGCGAGAGAAACCUAUGUCAGCAACUAUAUUUUCACAUUACACUGUUGUUGAUGAUAGUGAACUGGAAAGAAGUACUUUCUCAUUGACCCCUUGGUUUAUGUUGCCCAGCAGUCAAUAGGUAAGAGGUGGAGUCCAUUGCCUACUGGAGUAGAAACCCCUGAAGUGAGCCAGAGGUAGUAAGUGGGUAUUGAAGAUGUAUAGACUGCAACCCAUCAUCAGUGCAUCUUCACUGGUUUGUGCUCUAUGCAUAAAGGAGAAGCUGAAAAGGAAGAACAUUACUGCAGUUUUUCUAUCCUUUUGUUCCUGAGAGAUCAUUUAUCCACAUCAGGAAAACUAUGAGGGGCCGUUUAGGACAAAAUUUACGUUUUGUCUCUCACACACUACCAAAAACUCUUGCAUACUC